AUGAAGUUCACCUUUUCCAUCAUCCUUGCUCUGGCAUUCACUGCCCAGUCCGCCUUGGCUGUGACGCUUUACCGCAACGGCGGAGCCAGCAAGGCGUACAACAAGGUCCGUACACCAACGGACUACGACAAUCCGACAAACAAUAUUGUGCCGGCCAACCCAAACAAGGGGAUGUCCACGAACAGCGACAAGACUAAGCUUCCGAACCAGAACAAGAACGUCUGGUCCAUCGACUCGGGCAACCUCGACACAGGGGAGCUCCACCCCGUCAACGACCACGAUACGCACUAUGCGAUCACACUCAUCAAGGACACUCAGAUUGACGAUCUUUUGGACUCUAUCAACAACGCGGGGUGGACCAAGCUGCGUCAGUCCAUCGGAAUUCUUCUUUGGUUCGACGUUGGCCUUACUGGCACACCUGUUCGGCGGUGA